AUGGCCACACCAACUUCAAUCCCAUUAAUAACUCUCAAGGAAGAAGAUCAUGACAUGGAGGAGAAAGCAACUUUUCUACCUACAGGAAAUGCUCCAAUGCCUUUACAAACUGCACAACCACCGCCUUCGUCGGUGUCUCUGCCUCCAAGGAGAUCGUCGACUAAAGACCGUCACACAAAAGUCGAGGGCCGAGGGCGGAGAGUCCGAAUGCCAGCCACCUGCGCCGCCAGAGUAUUCCAGCUAACCCGAGAGCUCGGCCUCAAGUCCGACGGCGAAACCAUUAGGUGGCUCUUAGAACAAGCUGAGCCCUCCAUCAUCGCCGCCACCGGUACCGGCACUGUCCCAGCCAUUGCCAUGUCAGUCAACGGUAUCUUAAAAAUCCCCACCACAGGCUCCGCCACCACAGACGAAGGCGUUCAGACAAACCGCAAACGCAAACUCCCCACCAACAGCGAAUUUGUGGAAAUAAACACUCUCAGCAACAAAAUCUCUAACUCUAAUAUUAAUCUCACAACUGCAAAUCCCGCAAUUAUUUCAACAAAUUCUUCAAUGUCAGCUCCAUUAAUGUCGACUGUUCCAACUCCGGCGCACGCACUGGUGCCACUGAUCACUAUGUGGGCAAUUCCAGCUGCACCGCCAAAUGCAAACGCAUCACCAACUUUUCUUAUCAUUCCACAGGCAGUACAAAAUGGGCCGCCAUUGGUGAAUAUUUCUGCAUCUGCAAGGCCUAUAUCUGCAGUUUUCGCCACCGUGCAAUCUGGAGGCGCUAACAUAGCACAGCCUCUGCCGGACACGGCGGCGGUCCAAGUUAAUCUUCAGAGUGUGCCGACUUCAACUGCUUCAGCAAGUUGCACUUCUGAGGUUGAGAUAUCACAACAAAGACUCAGAUGUUGA